UUAAACGGGCUAACCGUUGAUACAAAGCCCAAUCCAUGUUGGGUUCCAAAGGUCCAUCAUAAAGUCGAAGCCCUAUCCACCAGUCUCUAUGCCCGUAUGUUUCACAAAGUCAAACUGCAACACAAUUGGGGCAUUUUGGGAUUAGGGUUUAAUUCUAUUCGGAUCUAAGAAACGAGAAAUCGGACUGAUGGAUAAGCGGGAAAAUAAGGAGAAAUCAGACGAACAAGGAUCAAAUUCCGAACCCAUUUUGAUACGCAGUGACGAUGAAGAUGAGGAUCUCAGCUUGAAAAUUGUACAGAAGGCUACGUUACGGCCAUGUUCCAAUGUGGUGUUAGGUGGAAUAGACAAGGGUUUCAAAAGCUUCUGCAGCGACAUGUUUCCGGAGGACAAAGUGAGGGAAGAAAAAAAUAUAGAUACUACUAAAGCUUUGUAUACUGGUGAUUGUGAAGCCAAAAAGAAUCCUGUUGAGGUCUCUGAUGAGGCUUCUUGUGAGUUGAACGGGGCCCCAGGUACUUUGAUUCUCCAGAUAAGAGUUGAGGAACAUGCUAUAAUUGCGGUGAAGAGGGUCAUGCUGCGGUUAACUGUACUUCAGCUAGACGUAAGAAGCCAUGUUUUGUUUGUGGGAGUUUCGAACAUAAUGCUAAAAAUUGCGCAAAGGGAAAAGCUUGUUUCAUCUGCAAAAAAGGAGGUCAUCGUGCAAAUGAUUGCCCGAGAGAAGCCAUGGAGGACCCCAGAGUUCUAAAAUAUGUCUAAAAUGUAGGGAUUCUGGCCACGAUAUGUUUUCAUGCUGGAACAACUAUUCUGCUGAUGAUCUAAAGG